UGAGAGGAGGGUGGAGGUGGUGGCGAUGGAGGGGAGGGGGAGCUAACAAGCCCGGACACAUCCAUCCCGCAGCAUCCCACCGUGUUGUUCUCCUCCCUCCAGCGUUCAUUUUGAACCCAAUAUACGAGAAAUAACACCAAGGGCGCGACGCUAAUUGGGAAUAUUUGGCGUUUCUUGACACAUAAAAACGCAGAACUCUCUGACGGUUGAACGGGAACAGCCCCGUCGGAUAUUUACAAUUUUGGCUAAGCGCUUGCUAGCUCGGUGCGGGGCUCGCACUGGUUAGCGGCGGGUUCAGCUGCAUUGCUAGCCCCGCAGUGCAGCGGCCGGCCGGCCGGGGCGUGUUGUGGCAGUCAGGCCGGGAACAAGUCGAAGCUCGUCGGCUUGUUUUUCCAAGAGCUUCGCGGGCGAAUAUAACCCAGCGUCGACCUUGAAAGUUAUAACGAGAUGACAUGUUAUUUAUAGCUAGUGGACUGCUCGGGUGUGCAUUUGUGAGUAGUACAAACGUCAAAUGAAACCAAUGAAAUGAUCCCAAUUAGGAACCGUCGUCUCCCGUCAAGCUUGUAUGAAAAAGCCCAAAAUGACAGUGUCGCGUUGACGCUCCUCUUGAACAACAACUGGCAAGCGGUAGCCUCCUCCAUUGAAAACAAUGGGAAGCGUUAGCAUCGAGCUAGCUGUGGCGGCCUCAAUGGGGCGGCCUCCUUUCCCAUGGUAGCCUCAAUUACACCCCAGCAAACAAACACACAUUGUGUUUGACAAUAUUUGGGUAGGAGUCAACAUCCUACACUGAUUUUAUGUUCUUGUGUGACCAAAUAGGGCAACGCGGAGGAUUAGUGUUUAGCGCAUCUGCCUCACAGUCCUGAGGUUUGGGGUUCGAAUCUCAUUUGGAUGUUCUCCCGGUGCUUGUGUGCGUUUUCCAACGGCUUCUUCUCACAUUCCAAAAACAUUCUUGGAGACUAAUUUAUCCAUAGGUGUGAAUGUGAGCAUACUGUAAAUUGUUUGUCUAUAUGGCCGCGAUGGGCCGGCCGAGUGGUUCUUAACCUUGUUGGAGGUACUGUACCGCGCAAGUUUCAUACAUGCAUUCACAGAACUCUUCAUAAUUGCAAAAAAUAAAAUCUGCUUUAUGUCAAAUUCAAAACGGGUAUAGAUCUUAUUUGUACACAAAAUCAGCGUUCAACCAACAAAACAUGAAUUUCACACAAAUAUUUCAAUUCAAUGAAAAUUUACUGUCAAUCAAUGUGAAAUUUGCUAUUGCCUUUCACCUUGGCAAGUGCCACCUUAAUAUCAUUUUCACAACAAAGUCUGAUCCUUUGUUUUUGUGUCUACAGUCCUCGAAAAGGAUUGUUCGCUGAGAUACGCUUGGUGCAAGCUUGCCUAUAUUUGGAAGUGGUUGAAGUAGCACGGAUGCUUUUCCUACUUGUCGGUCUAUUGCUGUCUUAGAUAUGAACAAACGGUAGAUUCAACACGCCCUUUAGAGCUGCGUGCCUACAGCGACGCUAAGCUAGUAGAGGCAAAGUGUCAGCGUGCCUCCGCAUUGUGCUGCAUACGCCUUCACACUACGCCGUACAAUCCCAACGAGGGAACUGUGAAUAACCUUUCAUAGGCAGGUUCCUGAGGCCGCCGACGGACGAGACCCGGCCAUGUUGUCCUCGUGAGGGUGGGCGGGGCUACCUGGCCCGCAGGUGCAAGGAGGAGGAGUCUGCAGCUCUUAGCCCCUCCCCUUUUCUGAGACAAGAUACACACAAGCGGGCGUGUCCCACGCCUCCCUCCUCUUUCUCUCCCUCCUCCCCUCCUCCUCCUCCGCCACCAUGACGUGGUCGCCUUGCUGGUGGAGAACGUGAGAAAGUCUGGAAGGCGACCCUGCUCAGCCGGGGGACUCGGACCUGUCCCUGCUGGACCCGAAAACCCUCGCAGCGUGCUGGUCCCCAGAUGGCUUGAUGCCUGAGAGCAGCUACUGGCAGCUCUGCCCUCCCUCUAAGUCCAGCCUGCAGGGGGGGUUGCUGAGCUCUAGUUUCCCUCCCGGCCCGGUUCCCCUCGUGCCGCCCGAUGCCCACCUUCAGGCAUGCCCCCUGGACGGCCCCCACUCUCAGCCGCAGCAGCACCGGCCUCUGGCACCCAGCACCUCGGCGUCCGAGCUCUCCCUCCCCGGGGCGGCGGCCCCUCCCGGCCCGGCCCCGCCUCCCCCUCCUCCCCCGCCGCCCAAACGCCACUGUCGCUCUCUGUCGGUCCCGGAAGACCUGUCGCGCUGCCGCUACACGUGGCGGCCUAGCGCCUCGAGGGUUUGGACUCCCGUCAGUCGCCAGCAGUGCCACGGAGGAGUGAGCGCCGCCGGGGUUGCAGGCGCGGCGGCGGCAGGCGGCACCUGCCCGCUGCGCGCACCGAGCUCCUCCCUGAACUCGUCUCUGCACUCUUCGUCCAGCCCCACCUUCUUCAGCCUGGCGCUUUCCCCUGACUCGCCGCUGCCCUGGAACUUCCCCUGGGACCCCAGCGAGGCGGCGGCGGGGGGCGGCGCCUGUUGCUGUUUCUUCCCCUCGCCGUCCUCUUGCUCUUCGUCACCCUCGCCGCUCCACCCGCCGCCGCCUCCCCAGCGGCGUUUCUCCCUCUCUCCCGUGCUCAUCAGAGACUCGGCGGCCGCCGCCUUCCUGCCCCCGCCCCCCGUUCCCAGCCAAGCGGCGGCGCCCCCGCCAGGCUGCUGUGCGGCCGGCGGUGCGGCGGCGGGGGCCCCGGUGCCCGCCUCGCCCUCCUCUGCGUGCAGCACGCCGUCGUCCCUGCGCCGCAGCCUGCCUCCGCAGCUACCGCGGUGCCACUCGCAGCCCUGUGACCUGCUGCUGCUCAAGCCUGGGCUGAAGAGGCGGCGCGACCCCGACCGCCCCUGCGCCCGCCCCGUCCUCGACUUCACCAAGAUGACUCAGACCCGCAGCAUCGACCCGCAGUAUUUUGAGCGCGGCGGCAGGCUGGCCUGCGGCGGCGACCUCUUCAUCGGCAUGGAGUCCUUCAUGUCCGACUUCCGGGGCUCCUGCUCGCCCGCCGAGUGUCUGGGCAGGUCCAGCAUCGGCCCGCUGAGCGAGAGCGACGAGGAGUGCCGCGAGGACGAUGACGACGACGGCGAGGAAGACGAGGACGAGGAUCCGGACGAGCGCGAGGCGGCCCAGCAGCAGGCCGUCUUCGAGAGGGAUUGUACAGAACUGGACUUAAAUUUAAUCGAAGAAAACUGAUGUGUUUGUAAAUGGAAGGCCGACCUUGUUUUUUUUUUAUUUAAUUUUAUUUUUAGAUCAGAUUGCUUUGUUUUUAAAAUUAGAACAAUCCCGACAACCCGUCCCCCCUCACCCCCACCCCCCAAACCCCCACCGUGCAGCCACUCAGCAAGGCUUUCAGGAACACCUCUCAUUGGACGAGCCGGAGUAAGUCACAGCGGAGUGACGAUGAUGGUGAUGAUGCGACUACUUGCUGGAAAGACUCCUCCCCUUCUGUCGGAAAACCUUCAAAGUGAGGACGAGCCGGUCACCGGCGGUCUGUCGCCAGAUUUUGACCGUCCGGUGUCGUCCGCGUCCCCACGUCUUCCGCAGCUGCCGAGUCUCCCGACAGGCCGCUCGCUUGACACGCUGCGGCGUCCACCUGAAACACCGCCAGGCCGCUGUCACGCUUGCUACAUACCGACAGAGCGGCCGUCCGUUGUUCCUCAAGGCUCAGGUCAGACAAAUUAGAAGAAACUUGCUUAAAUGCUGCAUUCAAGUCUGCUUGGCAGUAGGAAAUCUUAUGCAGCGCUUACUUGGUGUCACCUCAGUGAACUAAUAUUACUGCAAGUCACUGUGACAUUUUGCACAGUUUGAACCUUAACACUGUGGCCAAGUGUAGGAAAACUAUACUAAAAAGUUAUAUACAACGGAACUGUACUUGGACAGUGAUUCUUUUACAUAUCACUCGAGUGAGCCCGUGCACCACACUUUAAUAAUUUGAUCUAGAACAAAUCAAGUCUUCAUUAAAGCGCUUCACCACGCUAGAUGGUCUCUUUAUGACAGGUGGUCUAAUUCUUUUAAAAAAAAUUAAAAAUUACGCCAAGUACCACCUAGGAAAUACUUAGAUAUUACGACACUUAACUUGACUUACAUGGUCGGCCUAAAUAUUCAUCAAAAACGAGACAGAGGUUUUACUCCUUAAAAGUACACUUAUUGUAAGGCACUGUAAUCGUAUGGACAGUUUAAAUACUGAAAAUAUAUAUAUAUUUUUUAAAACUACUUAGUGAUUCGGUUCAAAUGUAUUCCACAUAAAAGUUAAAAACUGCCCUGAAAUGAAUUUGGAAAAAAACGGUUAUUAAAGUUGUAACGCAAACGUAUUGAAUGUAAAAGUUAAAUAUAAUUGAACUGUACUCACGACAGGGACUACCACUAGAGGGAGCCCACUCACCACACUUUGGAGUCACUGGUCCACUAAAUCUGUUGAGCGCAAUAUGUACAGUAUUUGACGAAGGUAAACAUACAGAAAUUGCAUCUUGCAUUGCACUUUACAUAGAUCAGAAGUCUUAAAGUUAUCAGUUGUCGACGAUGCAGCUUCUGAAAUGCGAUAUUAUCCCUAAGCUGCGUCUAAAUGCAGUCGAGAUUGCAGCACAUUUGCUCUAGUUUAUCUUAACUGAGCCUCCAAGUAGUUCAUUCAAGGAAGAUCAGAAUUGUUUUGCGCUGAUAACCACUUAUUAAAAUAAUAAUAAUAAUAAUCAGCAGCAGCAGCAGUUGACCCAUAUGGGUGUGGCGAUGUGUUCGGGUGCACCACGGAGCUGUGUCGGCGUCGUCCUGUCCCUUCCCAGUAGCCACUGAUGCUGUCGUGUACCUGAGUGUUCGCACUUUCCUGUCACCUUCACUGUGUGUGUGUGUGUGCGUGUGUGUGUGUGCGUGUGUCUGCGUGUGUGUGUGUAAGGACAAUCAUAAAGAUAAAUUGUUGGGAAUAUCUUUGUAUGACUGUAUCUUCUUCUUUUCCUUUGGGCUUGUCCCUUUAGGGGUCGCCACAGCGCGUCAUCCUUCUCCAUGUAAGCCUAUCUCCUGCAUCCUCCUCUCGAACACCAACUGCCAUCAUGUCUUCCCUCACGACGUCCAUCAACCUUCUCUUUGGUCUUCCUCUCGCUCUCUUGCCCGGCAGCUCCAUCCUCAUCAUCCUUCUACCAAUGUAUUCACUAUUUCUCCUCUGGACGUGUCCAAACCAUCGAAGUCUGUUCUCUCUAACUUUGUCUCCAAAAGAUCGAACCUCGGUUGUCGCUCUGAUGAGCUCAUUUCUAAUUUUAUCCAACCUGGUCACCCCGAGAGCGAACCCCAACAUCUUCAAUUCCGCCACCUCCAGCUCUGCUUCCUGUUGUCUCUUCAGUGCCACUGUCUCUAAUCCGUACAUCAUGGCUGGCCUCACCACUGUUCUAUAAACUUUGCCCUUCAGCCUAUCAGAGGCUCUUCUGUCACAUAACACACCUGACACCUUCCUCCACCCGUUCCAACCUGAUUGGACCCGUUUCUUCACUUCCUGACCACACUCACCAUUGCUCUGGACGGUUGAGCCCAAGUAUUAAAAGUCCUCCACCCUUGCUAUCUCUUCUCCCUGUGGCCUCACUCUUCCCCCACCACCAUUCUCAUUCAUGCACAUAUAUUCUGUCUUACUUCGGCUAGUCUUCAUUCCUCUGCUUUCCAGUGCAUGCCUCCAUCUUUCUAACUGUUCCUCCACCUGCUCCCUGCUUGCACUGCAGAUCACAAUGUCAUCUGCAAACAUCAUGGUCCACGGGGAUUGCAGUCUAAGCUCAUCUGUCAGCCUAUCCAUCACCACUGCAAACAGGAAGGGGCUCAGGGCUGAUCCCUGAUGCAGUCCCACCUCCACCUUAAAUUCGUCUGUCACACCUACAGCACACCUCACCGCUGUUCUGCUGCCCUCGUACCUCCUGUAUUAUUCUAACAUACUUCUCUUUUAAUCAUUGAUACUUCCUGGUCCACCACCCUUGCCUCUUCUGCUCUUCCUUCUUUCUCAUUUUCCUCAUUCAUCAACUCCUCAAAUUAUUCUUUCCAUUCAUCCAGCAUACUACUGGCACCAGUCAACAUAUUUCCAUCUCUAUCCUUAAUCACCCUAACCUGCUGCACAUCCUUCCCAUCACUAUCCCUCUGUCUGGCCAGCCUGUACAGAUCAUUUUCUCCUUCUUUAGUGUCCAACCUGGCAUACAUGUCAUCAUAUGCCUCUUGUUUGGCCUUUGCCACCUCUACCUUUGCCCUAUGUCAGAUCUCAAUGUAUUCCUUUCACCUCUCCUCGGUCCUCUCAGUGUCCCACUUCUUCUUAGCUAACCCUUUUCCUUGUAUGAUUUCCUGUACUGUGAGGUUCCACCACCAAGUCUCCUUCUCUCCCUUCCUGCCAUACACCAAGUACUCUCCUGCCUGCCUCUCUGAUCACCUUGGCUGUAGUGGUCCAGUCUUCUGGAAGCUCCUCCUGUCCACCGAGAGCCUUUCUCACCUCUUCCCGAAAAGCUGUUCAACACUCGUUCUGUCUCAGCUUCCACCACAUGGUUCUCUGCUCUGCCUUUGUCUUCCCACCACCAGAGUCAUCUUACACACCACCAUCCUAUGCUGUCUAGCCACACUCUCUCCUACCACUACCUUACAGUCGGUAACCUCCUUCAGAUUACAUCAUCUGCACAAGAUGUAAUCCACCUGCGUGCUUCUACCUCCGCUCUUGUAGGUCACCCUAUGUUCCUGCCUCUUCUGCAAAAAAAGUGUUCACUACAGCCAUUUGCAUCCUAUUUGCAAAGUCAACCACCAUCUGUUCCUCCAAGUUCCUUUCCUGGAUUCCGUACUUACCCAUCACUUCUUCAUCACCCCUAUUUCCUUCACCAACAUUUCCAUUACAAUCUGCACCCAUCACGACUCUCUCUCUGUCUGGGAUGCUCAGAACUACUUCGUCUAGCUCCUUCCAGAAUUUCUCUUUCACCUCUAGGUCACAUCCUACCUGUAGGGGAUAGCCACUAAUUACACACACAUGCAUAACACUGGGUGUUUCUCUUCCCAUCUACACCAUGGUAAAAUAAUUUAAACCCUUGCCCCUAAACUUCUAGCCUUACUUCCUUUCCACCUGGUCUCCUGGACACACAAUAUAUCAACCUUUCUCCUAAUCAUCAUGUCAACCAACUCCUGAGAUUUUCCUGUCAUAGUCCCAACAUUCAAAGGCCCCACAUUCAGUUCUAGGCUCUGUGCUUUCCUCUUCUCUUUCUCCCGAAGAACCCACUUUCCACUUCUUCGACCCACAGUAGCUGAAUUUCCACCGGCGCUCUGCAGGUUGAAGGCGCCGGUGGCGGACGUUGUUAACCCGGGCCACUACCGAUCCGGUAUGGAAUUCUUUGGAUGAACGCUCAUAUUUGUUUGGCAAAGUUUUAUGCCGGAUGCCCUUCCUGACUUACUAGUACUUUGUAUGACUGUAUAAGAGAGGCUAAUUUAGUAAUACAUUAUUGUUGUUACUGUGUGGCUUUUGAUUCUAGAUUUUCAGUUUUUGGGAAAGUACUAAAACGUGCACAGAAUGUUCAGUAACACACACACACACACCGCGCGCGCACGCGAAGCUUUCCACUUCUCUCCUUUCAGUCAGUUGCUCUGCAAUGCCCAACAUGAGCCUUAACAAAACAUUCUGUAAAUCAAAAUGUGAAAAUGGAGGGGGGGAAAAAUGGAAAAGAAAAGGAAGCGUGUUUCCGUAGCUGUCCAAAUUUCCUCUAGUCCUUAAGUUGAUUUCAGACGUUUUGUUUGGUUUUAUUCAUAUUUCUCAUCGGGCAUAUGAGGUCGUCGACACCAAAAUGGGACGCUUGAGCACGAUGGACAAUGAGCUGUUAUGAACAAGUGAGACGAGAACACGUCUUUUAUUAUUAUUAUCAUUAUUGUUAUUAUUGUAUGUGUUUAAAAAAAAAAAAAAAAAAAAAGAAAUGACAAAAUGGCAAUUUGAAAAGCAGUUUGUGAAUAAAUUAUUGAGAAUUAUUUUACAACGAA